AUGCCCACCAUGUGGCUCUCAGAAACACAAAGUGGAUUGUUCCUAUGUUUGGGAGUAUUGAUGUUCUUUGAUCGCUCGAUGCUUGCCAUGGGUAAUAUACUCUUUCUCAUUGGUUUAACGCUUAUAAUCGGCCUUCAGAAGACGAUAAAUUUCUUCUCCCGCCGCCAGAAGCUCAAGGGAACCGCCGCCUUCGCCUCCGGAAUCAUUCUCAUCCUCCUUCGAUGGCCUUUGACUGGCUUCUUGAUCGAACUGUAUGGGAUCUUCAUCUUAUUCGGGGAUUUUCUGAUCACUGUCGGUCAGUUUACGGGGAACAUCCCCGUUGUCGGUCCAUACAUCAAACAAGUGUUGGAAACUCUUGCUGGCGGAAGAAGGAAUGUCCAGCUGCCCGUAUAG